UUUUUCAAAAGCUUAGUUGUGUGGCCAAUGGUUGUGCAAUUGAUUAUGGUGGCGAAAAAAUUAUAGAAAAAAAGGGUUUUUAUGUCGGUGGAAAAUUGGAAAACACGGAGAGAGAGAGAGAGAGAGCAAUUUGAUUUGAUUUGAUUUGGGGCGCGCACACACUGAGAAGAAGAAGAAGAUCUAUAACGCCUAUCUGUAUAUUUCUACUUUUUUGUAUAUCCGAAUCUCAUCAUCAUUCUCUAUAGCUCUCAUUCGAUCUUGAUUAUUCUCUUUUUUUGGCUCAAAACCCACUUUCCAUAAAUAACAUAAAGAUACUUCCUUGAAUCUGCUUACACAUAUAAUACGUAUAUUUACCUGCAUAUAUACUCUUAAGAGACUCGUUUUCCGUGCUUUCAAUCGAAUCAAGCUCGGAAAAAGCUUAUUGGGUUCUGUGUAUCUGUUGUGUUAUUGCUUGCUGUGAUUGAGCUUUGAUUUGAUUGGUUCUGAACCUCGUUGACUCGGUAAAAGGAGCUUUUGGAGUUUCAGAGAACCCACUUCGGGAUUGGAAACCCUUUUGAUCUUUGUGUUCUGGGUUGGCUCAGAUUUGCGUUUUUGAAUGGAGCACAAUUGGAUUUGUGUGUGAAACUGGAUUGCUUGUUAAUGAGCUGCUUUCUACCCUGGUGAUACACUUCAAGUCUCGUUGGUGGUUUUUUAACCAAAUUCUGGUAUUGGGAUGGGUUGUCAGUGCUCUAAACUCACUGCAUGUUGUUGGGUUUCAGAACAAAAUGGCCCCGUUCAUGAGGCACCUAAAGCUGCAGAAAAUGAGAAGAGUGAAGCUGAUGAUUUGCCCACAUUUCGCGAAUACACCAUUGAACAACUUAGAAUGGCUACAUCUGGAUUUGCAGUUGAGAACAUAGUUUCUGAACAUGGGGAAAAGGCUCCAAAUGUUGUUUAUAAAGGGAAGGUGGAGAAUCAAAGGCGGAUUGCUGUUAAACGCUUUAAUAGAUCUGCUUGGCCUGAUGCCCGACAGUUCUUGGAAGAAGCAAGAUCUGUUGGUCAACUCAGGAACCAUAGAUUAGUAAAUCUACUUGGUUGUUGUUGCGAAGGUGAUGAGAGGUUACUUGUUGCUGAAUUUAUGCCCCAUGAGACACUUGCAAAACACCUAUUUCAUUGGGAAACACAGCCUAUGAAGUGGGCAAUGCGUUUAAGGGUAGCUUUAUGUCUUGCACAAGCUCUAGAAUACUGUACAAGCAAAGGACGUGCCCUUUAUCAUGAUCUUAAUGCUUACCGAAUAGUCUUUGAUGAUGAUGGUAAUCCUAGACUGUCAUGCUUUGGUUUAAUGAAGAAUAGUAGAGAUGGAAAAAGUUAUAGCACGAAUCUGGCAUUCACUCCUCCAGAGUACCUGAGGACUGGAAGAGUAACUCCAGAAAGUGUGAUUUAUAGCUUUGGUACCCUUUUGCUUGAUCUUCUCAGUGGAAAGCACAUUCCUCCAAGCCAUGCUCUUGACCUUAUACGGGACAGGAAUAUUCAGACGUUAACGGAUUCUUGCUUGGAAGGUCAAUUCUCCAAUGAUGAAGGGACUGAAUUGGUUCGUUUAGCUUCAAGAUGCUUGCAAUUUGAGCCAAGAGAGCGGCCAAAUCCAAAAUCAUUAGUAGCUGCUUUGAUUCCUCUUCAGAAGGAAACUGAGGUUCCUUCUCAUGUAUUGAUGGGUAUACCGUAUGGUUCUGCAGCUUUGUCCCUAUCCCCACUUGGUGAAGCUUGCGUAAGAAUGGAUUUGACUGCCAUACAUGAGAUCUUAGAGAAGAUUGGGUAUAAAGAUGAUGAGGGAGCAGCAACUGAGCUUUCAUUCCAGAUGUGGACGAACCAGAUGCAGGAGACACUGAACUCAAAGAAAAAGGGUGAUGUUGCUUUCCGGCAUAAAGAUUUCAGAGCUGCAGUUGAAUGCUACACGCAGUUUAUAGAAGUUGGGACCAUGGUCUCCCCAACAGUUUUUGCUCGAUGUAGCCUGUCACAUCUCAUGAGUGACAUGCCGCAAGAAGCCCUUGACGAUGCAGUGCAAGCGCAAGUAAUAUCCCCUGUUUGGCACAUUGCAUCAUAUCUACAAGCUGCCAGUCUUUUUGCUUUAAGAAGAGAUAACGAGGCACAAAUUGCACUCAAAGAGGGUUCAAUACUCGAAGAAAAGAGGAACGCGACUUCCUGACAAUGGAAAAGAGGUGGUCCAUCCUCAACCUCUUUUCAUCAUGCAUCAAACACAAGUUUCUUGGUUUUCAGGCAAAACACAAGCCCUACUACAACCUCAAAAGAAAACACAGGUUUUAACGAACACGAAUAGCUUCUCUGUACUCUGCGUGCAUGACUGGUUAGUUUUGUUGUCGUGUUGAAUCAUUCUUUUGCAACAUUAUUGGAUAGGUUGGUUUGGUCAGUUUAUUGGGGCUGCGGGAUGCGUCCGUUUGUGUUUAUGACAAUUCUGUCCCUGCUAACAGGUAGCUGACCUUUUUUCCAAUAACACGAACUUUGGGAAUAAUUCUCGGAUACUAUUGGAUCAGAUUAUGUUCAUAAAGGAGUCAACCGUUAGGUUUAUAUGAGUAGGUUGUGUAGAAGUGAUUGUUGCUAUGCUGUAAUUUAUGUACAGUACUUUUGUGGCUUUCUGCUGAUGUCAAAUUGAUGCUUUUAUAUGUCAUUGCCUUCUUUUUUUGCUUU